UACCAUUGCGCGGGCGCGGGGGAGCGGCAGCGGCGGAGGGGACGCGCUGCAGGGCGGCGGAGCCGGGGCCGGCCCGGGCGCUACCAAACGCGAGGCCCGCCUGCUCGCCCGGGGUCUGCGCCGAGCCGCGCUCCGGCCGGACGGCCGCGGCGUCCUUGGUGCGGGGGCCGGCAGCUCCCAAGUGGCCGCGGACGGCGGGGGAGAAGGAACGCACGCCGCCGGCCGGGAUUGGCCUCCUGGUCCCCCCGCCUGGGCGGCGGAGUGCGGGCGGCCCGGGGCUGGGAGGUUUGAAAAGCGGGCGAGAGACAAAGGCAGCAGGAAGCCUCCUCCGCGCCCGGAGCCCGUGCGCCCGGCCCCCGGGGCCCCCUCGCCGCCCGCCGGCCCGCGGAGCAGCGGCGGCGGCGGCAGGAGGCGGAGGAUGCGGCAGGGGGCGUGGGCGCGGCGGCGCGGGCGGAGCAGCGCGGCCCGGGCGCGGCGUGGGUAGAGCCGAGGCGGCGGCCGGCCUCCGGGAGCGAGAGCGAGGCGCCUUCCCCGCCCGGGAUGUGAGCGCCGUGCGGAGCCCGGGGCGGGGGAGGGCCGGGCCGGAGGCGCAGCCGGCAGGAAGGAAGGACGGACGGACCAGGAGGAGGAGCGGCGGCCGGAGCCGGAAGGCGGGGAGGGGCCGGCCGUUGGGCCCGAGGCGGCGGCGGCGGCGGCUGGGGAGAAGCGCUCUCGUCUCCUGCCCGAGGCCGGAGCGGCGGGGCCCGCGCCUCCUCCCCCCAGCGCCGCGGAGGGGGGAGGAGGAAGAUGGAGACCCACAUCUCAUGCCUGUUCCCGGAGCUGCUGGCCAUGAUCUUCGGCUACCUGGACGUCCGGGACAAGGGGCGCGCGGCGCAGGUGUGCACGGCCUGGCGGGACGCCGCCUACCACAAGUCGGUGUGGCGGGGGGUGGAGGCCAAGCUGCACCUGCGCCGGGCCAACCCGUCGCUGUUCCCCAGCCUGCAGGCCCGGGGCAUCCGCCGGGUGCAGAUCCUGAGCCUCCGCCGCAGCCUCAGCUACGUGAUCCAGGGCAUGGCCAACAUCGAGAGCCUCAACCUCAGCGGCUGCUACAACCUCACCGACAACGGGCUGGGCCACGCGUUUGUGCAGGAGAUCGGCUCCCUGCGCGCUCUCAACCUGAGCCUCUGCAAGCAGAUCACUGACAGCAGCCUGGGCCGCAUAGCCCAGUACCUCAAGGGCCUGGAGGUGCUGGAGCUGGGGGGUUGCAGCAACAUCACCAACACUGGCCUUCUGCUCAUCGCCUGGGGUCUGCAGCGCCUCAAGAGCCUUAACCUCCGCAGCUGCCGCCACCUUUCGGAUGUGGGCAUCGGGCACCUGGCCGGCAUGACGCGCAGCGCGGCGGAGGGCUGCCUGGGCCUGGAGCAGCUCACGCUGCAGGACUGCCAGAAGCUCACAGAUCUUUCUCUAAAGCACAUCUCCCGAGGGCUGACGGGCCUGAGGCUCCUCAACCUCAGCUUCUGUGGGGGCAUCUCGGACGCUGGCCUCCUGCACCUGUCACACAUGGGCAGCCUGCGCAGCCUCAACCUGCGCUCCUGUGACAACAUCAGUGACACGGGCAUCAUGCAUCUGGCCAUGGGCAGCCUGCGCCUCUCGGGGCUGGAUGUGUCGUUCUGUGACAAGGUGGGAGACCAGAGUCUGGCUUACAUAGCCCAGGGGCUGGAUGGCCUCAAGUCUCUCUCCCUCUGCUCCUGCCACAUCAGUGAUGAUGGCAUCAACCGCAUGGUGCGGCAGAUGCACGGGCUGCGCACGCUCAACAUUGGACAGUGUGUGCGCAUCACGGACAAGGGCCUGGAGCUGAUCGCUGAGCACCUGAGCCAGCUCACCGGCAUAGACCUGUACGGCUGCACCCGAAUCACCAAGCGCGGCCUGGAGCGCAUCACGCAGCUGCCCUGCCUCAAGGUACUCAACCUGGGACUCUGGCAGAUGACGGACAGUGAGAAGGAGGCACGAGGGGAUUUUUCUCCAUUAUUCACUGUGAGAACUCGGGGAAGCUCCAGAAGGCAAUACUUUAUGAAGGAAUAAGGAUUUACAGAGGACUGGGGAUAAGAGAUGGAGGGAAGCUGAACAGAAGGCAGACGAAACUGGCUGAGCCUCUUCAGAACAGAGGACAAUUCCUGGUGGUGAGUCAGUUUGGAUGGGGGAACGGGACACCUUACAUGGGGAUCAAGGAAGAAUCACUGGGGUCAAGAAGAGGUCAAACUGAUGACAAGCAAAUGUUGCCCCAGUAUUACAAUUCCUGUUGCCCCAUCUCAAAAUUACCCUGUCAGUUUGAUGGUAUAAAAUUCUCAGACCCCAUUUCACACCACAGACACCGAGUCCCUAUUCCACAGCCUAGAAGUCCGAAGAAGUAGACGGUAUGUGUGUCUUCCAAAGCUGCCUACCAGAGACGAUCAAGGUGUUGGAGAACUUUGUCUCUCUUAAUUGUUCUGCUGUGUACAACGAGGCUAAACACUCACUGAUAAGAAUUCUCUCCCUGCUGCCCCAGUGCAACUUCUAGAUCGUACACUAGUACACCAGUAACGCAGGAAUUUGCCUACAAGCAGAAACUGGCUGACCUGGGCUUUGGGUGUAGGAACCCUUCCUAAAAACAUGAGUAUCAUCCAGGAGUCUAAACAAUUUGAUGGGCAGACCUUAUACUGAAUCACAAAGGUUUAGGAGUAGGAAUUAGCUAGUCCAGUGGGUUUUUUAAAAAAAAAUUUUUUUAAAGAAGUAGAACUCCAUCUUUCCACUAAAAUCAUAUGUUGAAGCAGAACAAAUAACAUUUAUGUAGUUGAAAAUUGGGGAGGAAAAGAGAUCUCCACUGGCCCUUAAGUAAGAACUGUCUCAAAGUUCUGUCUCAAAAACCACUUAUCUAGCCCAAUUCCUCAAUUUUUAUUAUUUUUAUUUUUUAAUUUGUAUUAUUUUUAUUUAUUUAUUUUUGAGACAGAAUUUCACUCUUGUCUCCCAGGGUGGAGUGCAGUGGCAUGAUCCCUGCUCACUGCAACCUCCACCUUCUGGGUUCAAGUGAUUCUCGUUCCUCAGCAUCCUGAGUAGGUGGGAUUAUAGGCACAUGCCACCCCAUCCGGCUAAUUUUUGUAUUUUUAGUAGAGACAGGGUUUCUCCCUGUUGGCCAAGCUGGUCUCGAACUCCUGACCUCAGGUGAUUCACCCACCUUGGCCUCCCAAAGUGCUGGGAUUACAGGCAUGAGCCACCGUGCCUGGCCUAUUUUCAUGUUUUUAAACAAGGUGUUGCCCUGUCACCCAGGCUGGAGUGCAGGGGCACUAUCAUAACUCACUGCAGCCUUGAACUUCCCACCUUGGUCUCCCAGUAGUGCUGGGGUUACAGGCACGAGCCACUGCACCCUGCACAAUCCCUCCAUUCCUAUAGGUGAGGAAAUGGGAACACAAAGAAGGCAGGUAAAUUACCCAGGGUUAUGGGACUAGGGGUAAAUCUGGUUCCUGAUGCUUAAUCUUUUGCUCUUUCUACUAUAAUACCCUGUCUCUGAGAAUCUAUUCUGAACCCAUGGAACUACACGUGGCGAGCUUAAGCCACAAAAAUUACUGACACAGUGUUUUCAUUAAGGACUUCCCCUGCCCUGUCCAUUUCCUGAGAAUGAGAGGUUUCUAGUUCUUUGUACCACAUUAACUCCAAUUGGUAAUUUUGAAUUCCUUCUUGGCAGAAGUAAUAUAGAUCAGAUUCCAUUAAACAUACUGCUACAGUGAAAAUUUAUUUAAAAAAAAUUCAAAUCCAGCUUAUGGUCUACAGACUUUGGUAAGAUUUAAUCAGCAACAGUUUAGUAUUAUACUGCAAAAGAAUUUGGAUGGUGUUUGGGAUUUUACUAUAAAUAGGUUUCGCCUAUAUUGCGUAUAUUGGCCUCAUGUUGGCACCUUCAAUAAUUCUGACAGCAGUUGGCUUCCAAAUCCCUCACUAUAAAAGUGGUCGCAUAUUACGAAAUCCAACACUGAUAUCCCAGCAUCCCAAGGCGUUUAUCCCUAGAUCUCAUUUAGUUAUCUUCCAAGUAAUCUGCUGUGAUAUGCAGUUUGUUACCCUGGCACAGAGAGGAGGAAAAGAACCAUUAGCCACCCUAAGCCUGGAGUUCUGAGGCUCCCCCAAGGCUUCCAUGUGGCCUUUCUAGGAGGUGGCUCUGUGAUUCCAGCUUCAUCACCAAGGAAUCUUGGGUUAUUUAUGAGAUCAGAGCCCUUAUUAAUAUAAUUCUGUUCAAGGCAAUUUAAACGAAUGAAAUAGGCACGAUGGUGCACGCCCAUGGUCCCAGCUACUUGUGAUGCUGAGGAGGGAGGAUUGCUUGAGCCCAGGAGUUUAAGACUGCAGUGAGCCACGAUGGUGCCACUGCACUCCAGCCUGGCAACACAGCAAGACCCUGCCUCCAAAAAAUUUUUUUUAAUUUAAAAAAAGAAGGGAAGAUAAGUGAGAAUUUGAAAGAAAUGACAAACAUAUUUAAAGCUGCAGGGGCAGGGUGGAGGCAGCCAUGGAGGACACGGCGGGGCGUCAGCUUGUGGGGCUGGAAGUUCCAUUGUGAGCACCUAGAGCGAGGUCUCUCAUACUCGUUCCCACACCACUGAGACUGGCGUUUCAGUAAGGACUGAUUGAGGAAGCAACAGAAUGAAAAAGAGGCCACAAAGAAUGAGGAAACUGUCUACAUGGACUACAAACUCAAGGCCAGCAUCCAAGUAAAACAUCAAAUUGGAAAGAAAAAAUCAGAAACAUUUCAUAUGGCGACGCUGAAAUUCAGUCUCUGGGAUGUGGCGACUUUGGUCUCCGUCUCAUGCCUGACAGUGGAGUCAGAGCCCUGUCAUUUUUAGAGGCUGGGUCCCUGGCACGCGAUGCCUCUGGUACAAAAGAACCCACUCACUGUGCAAGUGGUCUGCGCAGGGGACCAGGUGUGUGGGGCCAACUCACAUCCCUGACUCCUGUUUCUCAGCCAUCAGCUCAUAUCUGAAACCUGGUAUCAGAACAGUUCAUGUCGGGACACUCUUUGAACUCUGUUUGCCCUAGUCCUGGCACUGCUGCCCUACAAAGGGAGGAGAAUUUUAAUAGCAUUUUUAAAAAAAAGGGAAAGAGGAUGAAAUACUUGUAAAGCUUUUGAUAGUAUCGAGUCAUAUACAUGGAAGUAUGCAAGUGGUAAGAGUACUGAAUGUUCUAGAACAUACACAAUACAAGUUGCAGUAGAACUACCUUUUAUAUUACCUCAUGGAGCAGCAAGGCUAUGUUACAGCUGAGAACAAACCUGAGGCUUCUAAACAUUUGGGGCUUUUGAAUACCUCUCCCCAUAUAUUGUUUUGGAGUGACCCCAGCUUUCUGAAGAGCAUGGAGGGUGGAGCAUGGCCAUCCUGCAGCACUGUAGAAAGAGCAAUGGGCUUUAGAGCUCAGUUAUGCUGAUUGUUUUCUGCAUGUCACAGAGCAGAUGACCUAGCCUCUGGUCCUGUUUCCUCAUCUUUAUUUAUUUAUUUAUUCAUUUUUAUUUUUUGGGGAUGGAGUGUCACUCUGUCACCUAGGCUGGAGGGCAGUGGCGUAAUCUCGGCUCACUGCAACCUGCACCUACCAGGUUCAAGCAAUUCUCCUGCCUCAGCCUCCCGAGUAGCUGGAAUUACAGGUGCAUGCUACCGCACCUGACUAAUUUUUCUAUUUUUAGGAGAGAUGGGGUUUCACCACGUUGGCCAGGCUGGUCUCGAACUCCUGACCUCAGGUGAUCCACCCACCUCAGCCUCCCAAAGUGCUGGGAUUACAGGUGUGACCGUGCCCGACCGUGCUUCCUCAUCUUUAAAAUGAGAAUAUGAAAGCCUUCUUCACAGGGUUGUAGUUGGAAUAAAUGAAAUGAGAUGAUGUAUGUAAAGCUUCUACUAUAGUGCCUGGCAUAUAGCAGAUGCUUCGUUCAUUUGAUCAAUAUUAAUUAAGCACCUUACAAUGUGCCAGGCACUGUGUGAGGUGCUGGAUAUAAAAGUUAGUAUGAACAGACCUGGCAUCUGUCUUCUUGGAGCGUGCAGUGUAGCCACCCAUUGUGUCAUUAGCAGUGGCACUUACUGUGAAUGGCCUGCCUUGACUGAGGUGCACAGGUGGUACUUACAUAGGUCACAAAGAUGAGCAAAGUACAGGCACUGCUUCUGAACUGCUUAAAUCUGACUAAAAAGCUAGGACAACCAUAACCACAUAAUUGGAUGGCUCUGCCACUAAUUAAGUGAUCUUGGGAAAAUUAUUUAACAAUUUUGGACCUCAGUUUCCCCAUAAGUAAAAUGAGGAAGUUGGACUGGAUUAAUGAUUCCCAGACUUGGCUGAGUAUCACAAUUGCCUGGGGAAGCUUUUAAAAGUACAUAUUCCAGGGACCCCCCCCCCAGACUUGCUCAUCAGAAUCUUUAAAUGUGGGGCUCAGGGAUGUGUAGAAAU